AAAGCCACUCUCCCAGCCUUUGCCUCCAGACGUCGCACGUAUUCCCUCUCUCUGCACCUUUCCUCCGCCACUUUUCCCCAACCCACCACCUUUCCCUUAGCCUUAUAAACCCCCAACCUCUUUCUUCUCUCUACACUAAAAAAAACCAGGCUUAGGAGAGGGAGAACAUGAGCCAAGGCGGAGAGAAGCUCCCCUCCGGACCCAAGCCCCCACCGUCGCCCUCCCCUGCACCUGCAGGAGCCCGUAUGGCCUACGCACCGGCCCGGCCCCACAAGCUGCUUUGCGGGGUCCUGACUGCCCUCAUCCUCCUUGUAGGCAGCAUCGCGCUCGUCUUGUGGCUCGUCUAUCGCCCUUACAGGCCGCGCUUCUACGUCCAAGGCGCGGCCAUCUACUCCCUCAACCUCACCUCUCCCUACACCAUCUCAACCAGCCUGCAGUUCACUGUCUUGACGCGCAACCCGAACCGUCGCGUGGCCAUUGAAUACGACCGGCUCGCCGCUCUGGUGGUCUACAGAAACCAGGCCAUAACGGCACCUGUGGGGUUGCCUCCUUUGCAUCAGGAGAGGAAGAGCAGCGUGGCUUUUGCACCGGUUCUGGAGGGGAACGGGGUCCCAGUUUCGGGCGAGGUGGUGAGCGGCCUCGAGGGGGAUGAGGCGUAUGGCGCGGUGGCGAUGAGGCUGGUUUUUCAAGGUAGGAUGAGGUACAGAGGCGGGUUUUGGAAGAGUGCGUGGUAUGGGAUUUAUGUGAAGUGCGAGGUCUUGAUGGGGGUGAGGAGGGAUGUAGCCGGUCAGGUCCCUGUCCUAGGGGCCCCCGGCUGCAGUGUUGAGAUGUAGCCACUGCUAAAAAGUUACUGUUUCUAACGGAAUUGCCUGGUCUAACUCGGAGUCGGCCCAUUCAAACUUGGCAGCCGGCUCCAGGCUUCGAAGGAUUGGAUGCAGGUUUGUUUUUGUUAUUGCUUCUUUUGGGUUCUGGGAACAUGUAAAGAGGAGAAGAGUGUAGAGGCCUGGGGUUUAAAGAGGAUUGAUGAAAGAGUUGUUUUUGUUUUCUGUGGUUCUGGUUUGUGGUUUGAUUUCGUGA